CUCAGUGCCUCUAAAUCUUCCGCUUCCGCACUCUAGACAGCGUUUGCAGGUCCCGAACCCGCCUCUCACCCCGACAGUUUGAGUCUGCCCCCGACCCAAUGUCUCCAUUUGCCGCCUUACGACCACCCCCAAGAUGGACAAGUCGAGCACUCCUGGCGCCAGCGGAGGUGAUCAGGCCACUUCCGGGGAGCCUCAGUACAUUCGAGCCCGAGUGCAGAGUGCUUGUGAUGGCUGCAAAGCACGGAAAGUGAAAUGUGACGGCAAACUGCCAUGUAGUUAUUGUACACGUCGUCAGAGACCGCACGCCUGCAAGUACUCUCCUCCGCGAGAGCGCCGCCGCCCGCGGCCCCGGAACCAGCUUCAGCCAAGAACACCAAGCAUCCACUCCCCAUCCGUCUCCGUCAGCGGCAACAACCACAGCCAAGGGACACCGCACCCGGUGGACUUUGAGCACACGAGCAUCACGGCUGCGACCAACCAUGCCGUCCUGCCGACACCGCCGGUGAAGCCCGGCUCUGCAGCCGGACACGGCGCACACCGGAGAAGCAGCGAGACCGCCGUGACGGACGAUCACGAGGAGGCCGAGGUGCCUCGAGAAGCAAGGCUCCUCUGCGACGCCCAGGGAAAGCUGAUCUUCAUUGGCGACUGCGCCCCGCUGUCGUUCUUCCAGACCGUCCGCCAGCUCGUCACCACCCGAGUCGACCACAAUGCCUUCGCGCCGCAGACGAGCCGCUACUCAGUCCUCGAGAACGCGGUCUCAAGGUCGUCAUUCCUAUCAGGCGCCUCGUCGCCCCCAGAGGUCAAGACCGAGGACCUCCCAGCCAUCAUCUCGACGUACCUCUCCGUCACGUCCGGCAUGGCGGACCUCUUCGUCAGCAAGGCCCGCCUGGUGGAGGACAUGACGAUCUGGGCGUCGAACCACCAGGCGGGCAACCGCAUCAACGACGUCUCGUCUGCGGUGAGCUACCUCGUGGUCGCCAUCGGCAUGCAGCAGACCAACGAGGAGACGGCGCAGCUGUACUUUGAGUACGCGCGAGACCAGGCCCUGGCCAACCUGAACGGCAACCUCAGCGUCGACACGGUGCAGGCGUUCAUCCUGGUGACGCUGUACAUGCUGUGCGCGUGCCAGAUCAACGGCGCGUUCCUGUUCUUCGGCAUCGCGGUCCGCGCGGCGUACUCCAUCGGCGUGCACCGUACCGAGGUCAAUAGCCGGUUCGGGUCCGAGACGCACCGGCAGCGGGACAGGCUGUGGAAGAGCCUGCGUGUCGUGGACUUGUUCCUCAGCACGUCCAUGGGCCGGCCGCCUAGCACGAGUGAUGUCGACUGCACUGUGUCCUACCGCCAGGUCGACGACGACGGACAAGAGGUGUUUGAUAUCCUGAACGCAUCUGUCCAGAUCUUCCUGAUCCUCGAGGGCGUCGUGGUAGAAGUGUACUCGAGGCGGAAAAUCUCUUUGCAGCUGACCGAAGGCAUAUCUCGGCAGCUAAGGGAUUUCUCGCUAAGGUGGCUGCAGCAGCUUAAAAGCGUGGUGUCGCCCCCAAGCGAGCAGAAUUCUGCCGAGGUCAAUGGAGCAUGUCAGGUUCUUGCGUCGUAUUACUAUGCUGUGAUGCUGGUAUCGAGGCCAUUCUUGAUGUACGAGUUGUAUAGGCGCUUGUCUCCUGACACGUCCUCUGCCUACGGGAGGGCCGGGUUGAUGUCCGGCAAGUCAAAAUUAGCCGAUGCUUGCAUCGAUGCUGCCAGCUUGAUGGUUGACCAGAUCUUGGAUCUGGUGGAGAAGGGGCUCGUCUCCGGAAGACGGCCGGUGCUUGUAUCGUGGCUAUUUGCAGGCUCGCUCGUACUAGGCGCUGGUCUCCUCGGAGGCUUCGGCCGCAUCCUCGAGAAGUACGCGCGCAUGUCUGUGACGGCACUCGAUCACUUCGCAAAGAUCGACGCACACGCAGCGCAGUACUCCAUGAUCUCAAAAUCUCUGCUCACGACAGCAGUGGAAUAUCUCGAGAAGAAGGAAGUGCAAGAGCGGUUACAGAGGACAGAGAGUUCUGCCCAGCUAUUCGGGCUCAUCCCCCACGAGACCCGAGACGGGGACAGCAUGAGCACCAGGAGAUCUCCAGAGGCUUCGCGAAAGGUGGCCAGCCCCGUGAGGAUGGGCCAUCAGAGAGAUCUGCAAUCCGAACCGACGCCCCAAAGCCACCCGACGCCACAUUUUGGAAUGGGAGGUGUGGCAUCACCGUCUUUAUUCAGUGACUUGGACCCGGCCUUCUUGACCAUGUCGAACAGCUUGCCUCGGACCCCUGACCUGUCACUUCUAAGUGGCGCAUUUGAGGGAGACGACUCAUUCGGCGGAUUGAACCUUUUCCCACUAUUGGAUACCGGGGGAGGAGGGCAUAUUGAUCUAGCGCACUACUUAUAGCCUAAUCAAGAUCACAGGCUCGCAAGAGCAUCAAGACGACUGGUUCGCUAACUGUUUCCCUCCAACCCAACAACCGUCGUCUCAGCAUGGCUGAACCUCCUCUUGCCCGUCCGCACUAUCUUCAGCUGAGAUUUGCAGUUGGGAUCCGGGCAGGCGAUCAGCGCAUCUGAGGUCAUCCAGUCGUUGACGUGCGUGACGCGCUGUUUCGCCGCAAGAAGCGGAAGGACAGAAGCUGACGGGUUCGUCAGUCGAGGCUGUCACAGAGAUGCCCCUCCUGUUGCCGCCACACGUUUUAUGCCACUCACCCAGACUGUAGAUGCUGAUGCCCUGACCGGGAGGAAGGUACAUCAUCUCUCCCUCGAGAGAGAAGUAGUCACCCUCUUUGGCACCGCACAUGAUCCUCUCUCCUGGAGGGCACACCACCUCAAUUCGGAGGUCGUACAGCUCGAAGGAGUCGUCGGCCUGUGGGGAAAUUACUCCGGAAGCAGCGGAUGCCAUAUUUCUUAUCUGGUGCAAACGCUGGUGGUCUGGCUGCACUCACCUCUACCUCAAUCGCUGCUGCUUAUGACCGAGGCUGCUGAGAGCAUUGCUUCCG